AUGUCUCUCUCUUUUGGGGAUUUGGUACUGGAUGAAUUGACUCCUACUUUACCUCGACGUGGAUUACCACCUAAACGAAGUAUACCGAAUGUGGGGAAAACAAUCGUCGUAGCUAGUGGGAAAGGUGGUGUUGGAAAGAGCACUAUUGCAGUCAACCUUGCUAUGGCUUUGGCUCUGCAAGGCGAGAAAAUUGGCCGUCGACUUCGAGUAGGCCUACUGGACUUGGAUCUAUUUGGACCGUCGACGCCGAAACUCAUGGGCCUAGAUGACUGUGAUGAGCCAGAACUAACUUCAUCCGGUGCACUCAUCCCACUCAAGAACCAUGGUAUCCCAUGCAUGUCCAUGGGAUUUCUAGUUCCAAAGACCAAGGCGUCGGACACGUCUCUACCGACUCGGGAUGAUACACCUGUUGUUUGGCGAGGACUCAUGGUACAAAAAGCGAUUCAGCAACUGCUCUUUGAUGUCGACUGGCGCGGUGGUGCAGGAAAAGGCGACCAUGCUGGCCCAGGACUGGACGCAUUGGUAGUCGAUAUGCCGCCCGGUACGGGUGACGUCCCGUUAACCGUUGGCCAGCUCGUCAACGUAGACGGCGCUCUCAUUGUCUCCACUCCGCAAGAUGUCUCUCUGUCCGACGUUCGGAAGGGUAUCGCAAUGUUCCGAAAAGUAUCCAUACCAAUAUCGGGCCUAGUCCUGAAUACUUCGUACUUUCUAUGUCCUUCAUGCGACACUCCUCAUCAUCUCUUCGGAAGCACCGACUCAUUCCGCCGUGCAGCGGCUGAGCUCAAUGUACCAGUUCUCGGGGAACUGCCGCUCGUCCCAGAAGUCAACAAAGGUGGGGAUACGGGAGUCCCAUUCAUAUUGACUUCAACGUCGAAAACACUGGAUAAAGCAGAAUCAGAAUGGAAUAAUGGCAUGCUUAAUGCAGCAAGAAAAAUCUGGGAUUCCUUAACUCAAUGA